GCAGUCAAACCAAUCUGGAUAAUGAACACGGAUUUCCGAGCAGUUUUUAGCGGCGUAUUUAGUGGCCUAUUCUUCUCUGCAGUCAUUUUAUCGCAUUUCGUUAUUUUAGCAAAUGGCGAUUCGCGAAUAGCAUGUGGGAAAAGAGCUGUUACAGUAAGAACAAGUCAGUCCCGAAUAGUAGGAGGUCGGGAUGCAGUGGAAGGUGCCUGGCCUUGGCAAGUCAGCCUUCAAGUAACAAACAAACAUGCACACGUGUGUGGAGCCACAGUGAUCAGCCAAUGGUGGCUCUUGUCAGCAGCGCACUGCUUUCCAUCUACCAAUGGAUUCAAUAAUAAAAAUCAUUGGAGAGCUGUGAUGGGACUGAGAGACCUGUCAAUCCACUCUAAAUGGACAAUUACUCGGAAAAUUGAUGUCUUAAUAUUGCAUGAAAAAUACAACAAUAUCCAAAAUGACAUAGCAGUGCUUAAAGUGGACCGAGUGAUCGGAUUUGGAGACUACAUCAGAGCGGCAUGUUUACCAAAACCAGGCAAAUUUCAUAUUGAGAAAUGGAAUCAUUGUCAUGUUACUGGAUGGGGACUUAUGGAACAAAAUGGUGCACCGGCACGUAUACUUCAGGAAGCUGAAGUUAAAUUGAUUUCUUUGGAAACUUGUCAACAGGUCAACUGGUACGGCAACCGCGUAACCGAUAAAAUGAUCUGUGCAGGUUUUGCAGGCGGAGGCAUUGAUGCCUGUCAGGGUGAUAGUGGUGGACCCCUAUCAUGUCAGCUGAAAGGUACAGAUCGGUUUUACGUGGUUGGAGUCGUAAGCUGGGGACAAGGCUGUGCACAGCGUUUUAAGCCUGGCGUUUACACAAGUACAAGCACAUAUGGUGAUUGGAUUGAACAGAAAACUGGAAUAUUGAUUUCCCAAAGUGAAGAUGCUGGUGUGGAAUUUGCAAUUGACAAUGGUGGUACAGAAACAGAGAGUUUAACAGAAAAACAGUCAGUGCCCACCACUAAACCUCAUGGUGUGGUGCAGCCUAUCUCACUGGUACGGAGAAACUCACCAGGACGAUCUAUUCCCCUUUUAAAUCUGAUUAUUGUUUUGUAUCACUUUUGUUCCUGAAUCAAGAUCCAUUUUUUUAAUAAUUAAAAUACUUUUCAGAAAGAGAUAGACAGUAAAAUUGUUGUUUUAGAAAAACUGUGAAUGUUUAAGGUUGCCAAACAAGUGGGCUGCUAUAUCCUGAAUGGUGUGGAGCUUUUUGACACUCAUUGGAGCUGCCCUCAUACCAAGCUGACAUAUACCUACCAGAUGAUUGACAGGCUUUGCAAAAUUAGGCGAUGAGUUAUUUCCCUCAGAAAUCUUAAAAUUUGACCUGCUUAUGUCGCCACAUUGUUUUUG